UACAAUACUUUUUCUUCCGACAAUAUGGCGGCAGCUACAGGGAAUGUCAUAGUAAUUGAAAAUGACUCACAUUUCCUGUCAGAAAUGACCAAAGCUGGAGCUAAACUUGUAGUUGUUGAUUUCAUGGCAGUUUGGUGUGGACCUUGCAAAAAUAUAGCUCCUACUUUUUCUAAACUUAGUACAGAGUAUUCAGCAGCAGUUUUUCUGAAAGUUGAUGUGGACAAAUGUGAGGAUAUAGCAGCCAGAUAUGGUGUCUCCUCCAUGCCUACAUUUCUUUUCUUUAAAGGGAAAGUCAAGGUGGAUGAAAUGAGUGGAGCUGAUCCAAAGAAACUGAAAGAAAAAAUAAUCAAAUGGAUCGGCGACAGUGAUAGUGAUGUUGGUGUAAAGGGGCAUAUGGAUUUAGGUACUUUUAUAAACAAGAGUGGAUGUGAAUGUCUAAAUGAAAGUGAUGAUUACCAUCUACCAGCUGCACUAGCCAAGGGUCCAGAUUAUUUGGAAAGUGACUGUGAUGAACAGUUACUGGUUACAAUAGCCUUCAAUCAAGCUGUAAAACUUCACUCCCUCAAGAUACAAGGUCCAGAUGAUGGGAGAGGACCAAAAACAGUGAAACUGUUCACAAACCAUCCAAAUAGCAUGGAUUUUGACUCUGCUGAAAACUUUCAAGCAGUGCAGACUCUUGAAUUGACACCAGAUGAUAUAAAAGAUGAUGUCAUAACCCCACUGAAAUUUGUCAAAUUUCAAAAUGUUAAUAGUCUAACAUUAUUUUUUCAAAACAAUCAAGGAGGUGAAGAAACUACUGUGUUGGAGUAUAUUGGAUUUAUUGGAAGCCCUUUAGAUUCAACUAAUAUGGAGGAAUUUAAAAGGGUGGCUGGAAAGAAAGGAGACAGGCACUGAGACCAAAACCAUGCUGCUUGAUUUGCCUGCCUGAGCAGAUGAAAUAGUUUUGAUAAGAUUCUAUUCACACAGUUCUCAAAAUUAAUAGUGAUACAAUCAGCUGUAAUGCUUGGCACAGAAUGUUCAAAAAUAUCUUAACUCCACAACCAAAAUGCAUCACUCAAGAGAGAGACUCAUCAUGACCAGCUGGCAUGUAAGGUGAAAGGCAACUUACCUGGAAAAAAGCACUAAUUGUAAUGGUUUUGCAAAGAUUUUACCUGCAGUCUCAAAUUUUUCUCAAUUUUUGAGAAUUUCUAUUGCAUUAAAUACUGGUCAGUUAUAUUUUUAGAGAGCAAGUGUCCAUGUAUGAAACAAGUCACCAUCCAAAUGCUGUCAAUUAAAGCAAUUAGUUUGCAAGAAGGCUCCUUGUUAGCACUUAGUUGAUUAAACAACUGGCAUCAAUAAUGAUAAGUUAACCUGGCAAAACAAACUUGGAAUUAAAACUGGGUUUUCAAGCAUUAGCCCAUUAUCAAAGCAAAAUCUAUGAGUCACAUUAACAUGUAAAGCACAAACUAACCCAUCAAACAAUGUCUUGCCACGAAUGAAAGUGGCAAACGUUUUCAAGAAUAGUUUACUACGUCCUGCCCUAACUAAUUAUUAUAACUGUCAAGGCAGAGUCUCUGAAGACGUGUUCAAUCAUUCAGUGAUCAUAGCAGUUUUUUCUGAGAGCACCAUAAGAAGGGAAAAGGGCAUUUUAGUUCAAGCAAACAUUCUUGUGUAGAUGUUGUAGGUCAAAAUGAAAUUCAGGUUAAAAUGAUUUUAACCCAGUGUUAUUCUCAAUUUCCUGUGUCUUCUAACCCUAAUUAUUCAUGAUCCAUGAAUAUUUAGGGUUGAGAGACAAAGGAAUUUCAUUUUAACCAGAAUUUCAUUUUAACCUGAAUUUCAUUUUGACCUAUAACAUAGAUACAAAGAAGUGAAGAGGCAAACUCUUCUAAGACUCAUGACAAACCCUUAUCUCUCUUUUGCAUUUAGCUCAGCUGUCCACACUUGCAACAUAACAAAUGACCAUGAAAAUGUGUAAAAGAAAAGAGCUUUUUUUUCCUUGUGUUAAAUGCUUACUGCAUUAUAUCCCAGUUAUGUUGUGCUGUGUGCACCAGCAACUGACAACAGUGAUCAACUAAAGGUGUCUGUUUAAUUUGUUUGCAUUACUUUGUUUUCAUAUAAUUUGCCAGUACAGAGCAGGCCUCACACUACUAACAGACUUACAAGUGAUUUUCGUCCAAGUAUGUGAAUCUAGUUUCAGUAGAAGAUUGCCAUAUUAAAUUUUUUUUUUUACAAAAUUACAGUAAUUUCAUAUUUAGGAAGCACGAAUGCAACCAACCAUCCAUUUAUGGCCUCCAAAUAAAUAAUUUGUUGUUCAAGA